AUGGCUUCCGUUCGAUCUUCAACCUUUCACGAGGAAGUCCACAUUGGCCUCAAAACAAUCCUGGUUGUCACGGCGAUCAACUUCGUUUAUUUAGCCCAACUGAUUGCUGUCGUCGGCGCCGGCUUUCUAGCUCAGCCCAUUACUGAGCUAUUCAAUGAAAGCGGUUUGAGCGUCUGGCCCAGCUCAAUUCUUACUAUAUUCACUACUGUUUUGACUCCACCAGUAAGCCAGGCUGCUGACUAUUGGGGUCGAAAAUGGUUUCUCGUUCUCCUGAUGCUCUGUGGGUUCGCCGGCGCUCUUAUCAUCGGACGAGCAACGUCUAUGGCUAUGGUGAUUGGCGGAUUCUGCGUCUUGGGUAUGUCUUUCGGUAGUCAAUCUCUACUCUUCGCCGUUGUCUCGGAGGUUUUACCACGAAAACAUCGACCCACCGCACAGGCCACAGUGAACCUGACCGCGGGACUGGGAGCCGUGGCUGGCCUGCUCAUGGGUGGCGCACUGCUCCGCUACAACAACCUUGAGAAUUACAGAGUUUACUGGUACGUUGUCGCCGGAAUUUUCAUGGCGUCUUCGGUACUCUGCGUCUGUUGUUACAAUCCUCCUCCUCGAGAGGCUCAAAUAGCUCUGAGUACUCGUGAGAAACUGCGGCGACUUGACUGGAUUGGUAUUGGCACGUUCUCGCCCGGACUGACCUUAUUUUGUGUUGGUCUCGCGUGGUCUCAAAAUCCAUAUACCUGGUCCGAUGCUCACAUCCUUGCACCUUUUAUCAUUGGUGUGGUGCUCCUUAUUGCUUUCGUCCUCUACGAAUGGCGCUGGAAGAGCGACGGGAUGCUUCAUCAUGGCCUCUUUAAACGCCGGAACUUUCCAAUUUCUCUCGGAAUCGCCUUUGCGGAGGGCCUUUCUUUCUUUACUUGCAACAACUACUACCCGUACGAGACCGGUCUACUCACUGGGGGCUCACUUUGGACUGUUGCUCUUCAUUUCACCAUCCUCUUUUUUGCGUCCGUCGCUUUCGCCCCAGUGGCGGGGUUGUGGUCGUCCACUAGAAAAGUCGUCCGAAGCCCUCUUUUCCUCGGUGUCUCAAGUCUGGUCAUUUUUAAUAUCCUCAUGGCAACUAUAACCCCUCAUACCAAUCUCACAGUCCUCUGGGGUUACCCCGUAUUCGCCGGUCUCGGACUUGGAAUGAUUCUACCUAUUGUUAUGGUGGCCGCUCAAUUGGAUACACCACCUGAGUUAAUCUCCAUCACAUCCGGCCUAAUGACUUCUAUCAGAUCCUUCGGAGCCUCUAUUGGACUUGCAAUCAACAAUGCAAUUAUCCAUAACUCCCUUUCGAAGAAUCUGGCCCCGAAAAUUGCGGAAGCCGUAUUGCCCUUGGGAUUUCCACAGGCUUCUUUACCUGCACUCAUCGGUGCUCUUUCAUCAGGAAGUGCCACUGCGGUCGAAUCUGUCCCAGGUGUCACUCCAGCUAUAGCUAUGGCGGGGCUCGCGGCGUUAAAAGAGGCAUACAGUAUCGCGUUUCGCAAUGCCUGGAUCACGGCUGCUUGUUUUGUUUUCGUGGCAGCAAUCGCUACAUUGUUCCUGGUCAAUCCAUCAAAGGAGUUCAAUGCUCAUAUCGAUGCCCCUGCCGAAGAGCAAGUACUUCAAACUCAAGCUGAGAUUGAAGCAGGGCCAGAUCAUGAUAAGGAGACUUCACAUCAUGCGCACCACGAGACGGUUGACCAGUAA